AGUCAGCGGUGGCGAGAAGCAUCCAUCCACUACUGCAAUCAGUGUCUCUCGGUACGUUCAACUCGUUCGUCGGCCGUCAUGAGUACCGAUGACUCGUUGGUUGUGAUUCCCCCGGAGGAAUGGCCCGAGUUGCGUGACCUGUACCAGGCCAAUUGGCCCGCGAACCUGGUCGCCUACCACACCGUGGACAACUUCAUCCAGUGGCACCGCAAGGACCCCCACAUCCGGAAUCUGACCUUCUACAGCCUCAACGGCACCUGGCGACAGGACGGGACCUAUGUGAUAGUGGAUCGCUAUCAGCUGUUUUUGUACACGCUCGCGGCCUCCACCACCGUGCUGGAACGGGCACUGCACUUGCUAGAUUGGAGCCGAGGGUUCAAAGUGAGUUCGUUUCUGGCCCGCCAUCGGAACGCCGUCAUCAAUGUGAUCGACUCCAAGGGCCUCCGGAAGGAGUACGACAGCUGCACCUACCUGUACUACAUGGCCCGGGAAGAUGCGGCCAAGCUGGAGGUCACAGUCCCCGAGGGAUUCCGGCUGGGGAAACUUUCGCCCGAAGAUGCGGCCAAGGCCGACGCCGUGUGGCCCAACAAGCACUGCGGAUCGUUGUUCUUCUUGCAGCGGCUGGCGGCGUGGAAUCCCAACGUUGGGUUGUAUAACAACUCGGGCGAACUGGUAGCUUGGUGCUUUAGACUACAAGCGGGUCCCCUCGGUGCACUCCAGGUGGACGAGCGGCACCUGAAGCGUGGCUACGGUUCCGUCGUAACGGCCGCCAUGGCCAAGCAGCUAGCCGACCUGCACCAGGACUGCUUUGCUUUGGUCGGCAACGCCAACAUUCCGUCCAAGCGAAUGUUCGAAAAGCUGGGCUUCCGACACACCGACUUUGCGUACUGGACCCGAACGUACCCGACCGCGCCGUUCCAGUGGAGCGAUGACUAAAGAACUGCCGUUGAGAACCGUGUGCCACAGCCGGAGAUAAUCCGAGUCCGAUUAAUAAGCAAUGAAAUAUAGUCCAGUUGAUGCCAAAUUAUCGUUAAA